UUGACAGAACCGGCGCGGCGGUGUUUACCGGGGGCGGGGCGGUGUCGCCUAUAAGAUUGGCACCGGGGGGCGUGUGCGGCUCCUGGGCUGCCCGCACCGCCCCCGCGCACCCCCGACCCGCACCGCACCCGAGCAGCCGCCCUCUCCACCGGGGAGGCGUCGCCGGGGCGGGGCAGGGCGCUGCGGAGCAUCCCCGAGCAUCCCCCGACCGAGCCGGUACGGACCAUCCCAGAGCAUCCCCGGGACCGGCCGGGAAUAUCCCUGGGCCGGUGCGGAGCAUCCCGGAGCAUCUCCGGGGAAGCUCGGAGCAUCCCUGGACCCAGAGCAUCCUCGGACCAGACCAGAGCACCCCGGAGCAUCCCCAGACCGAGCCGGUGCGGAGCAUCCCGGAGCAUCCCCGGGACCGGAGCAUCCCCGUGCCGGUGCGGAGCAUCCCGCAGCAUCCUCGGACAGGAGCAUCCCCGGCGCGGAUCUCUCACAGCGUCCCCGGGUUCGGAGUUCCCGUUGCCGUUCCGGCCCCCCCCUCCCCGCAGCAUCGCAGCGGCCGCCGCCCCGGCGGAGCCGCCCCCGCCGUGAGCCCCCGGUGCCCGGCGCGCCCCCCUGCGCCCCGCCCCGCCGCCCGCUCCGCACAAUGGGGGCGGCGCGGGGAGGCGAGUAGCGGCGGGCGGGGAGCGCGAGGAGGAGGAGAAGGGAGAGGAGGAAGAAGAGGAGGAGGAAGAAGAGGAGGAAGAAUAAGAGGAGGAGGAGAAGGCGUGGUGGGGGGUGUCCCGGUGCCCGCUAUGGUGCAGCGGGGCGCACGGGGCCGGGGCACGGAGGCUCGGCGGGAGCCUUGUGCCCCGUUACCCGCCCGCGAUGCCGAGCCCGCCUGGUGCAAGACACCGAGCGGGCACAUCAAGCGCCCCAUGAACGCCUUCAUGGUGUGGUCGCAGCACGAGCGCCGCAAGAUCAUGGACCAAUGGCCCGACAUGCACAACGCCGAGAUCUCCAAGCGCCUCGGCCGACGUUGGCAGCUCCUCCACGACUCCGAGAAGAUCCCUUUCGUCAAGGAGGCCGAGCGCCUGCGCCUCAAGCACAUGGCCGACUACCCUGACUACAAGUACCGGCCUCGGAAAAAGGGCAAGGUGGGCGCGGGCGCAUCCCGUCCACGGCUCCCAGUGAAGAUCAAGCCCUCUGUUCUGGGCCGUGUCUCCGCCGGCCGCCGGCAGCCCGCCAAGCCCCGUGGCCUCGACGCCCCGCAGGAGCCCGCGCCGGAGGUGCCAGCUGAGGACAGCCCCGCGACGCCCAGCUCGGAUGCCUGGCACGUGGCGCCCAGCGAGGAGCUGCCUGAAUCCCCCAGCCCCACCGCCGCCCCCGAGCCAGCCAGGUCCCCCAAGAGUGGGUCCCCCUCUCCCAUGUCAGCUGGAUCCCCGCCAUCCUCCUUCAGCUCCUCGGAUGAGGACCUGGAGGAAGAGCUGCUGGGUGUCCUGCCGGCACGAGCGCCCACAGGUGCCGCCUGCGCGGCCCUGGACUGGUCCGUCUUCGACAAGGACCAUGACCUCUUCCCACGAGGAGGCUCCUCGCACUUCGAGUUCCCGGACUAUUGCACACCUGAGGUGACGGAGAUGAUAGCGGGGGACUGGCUUAUGUCCAGUAUUUCGGACUUGGUCUUUACCUACUGAGUCCCACGCUCUGCAGGUAACGCUCUAUUAUUAUUUUUUUUUCCACAAUCAGGUCCUAUAUAGAGAACAGCCCAACCCCAGAAAACAAAAACCCACCCCCAAACCAGCUGUUUACAUACAGGAAUCAGGUAUUUUGCCUUGAAGGCGCUGGAAGGCAGAGCUCCCUGCUCACCCCAUCCCCCUGGCACACACCCACUCCUCGUCCGUCCAUCUGUCCGGCUCUCGUGGGGCAUGUGCCUGCCCGCCAAUGGGAUUUGACAGUGAAACACGAGUGUCUGACUGGGUUUUCAUUGUCAGCACCUGGCCCUUUCCCCUGUUGACUCCGGCCACCGUGGUGCUGGCCACGGCUGCUCCCGGCCGCUCCCAUCGCCACCACCCUCUGCCCCGCGGUCCAUGUGCUCUCGGGGCAGCAGGAGCACCCAUGCCGGCUCCUGGUGCACAUCUCACCCUGUCCAUUCCUUGGGAAAUGGUCGAGCCCUUUUGCUUUUUGACUGCAUUUAAACCAUGGCUUCAAUUUUCUCCUCUUCCGUGUGGCAGCCCUCGGGCAGGGAUCCUCAGCCGGCUGUGCCGUGUCUGGGGGCAUCAGAACCAUGUGGAACCCUCACUGCUCGGUGCCCCGUUUUGUGGGGGUCCCCAGUUUUGGGGGUUCAGUGUUUCUGUUUUUCCCUGCAGCAUGCGCUCCCUGCCACUGACUUUGGGAAGAGCGAAGUUGCGUGCACGUGAUCCGCACGUGGAUACGGGAGGCUGUACUGGUCCGCUGUGUGGAGGCUGCCGUGCCACGGGGGGAGCCCAGAGCCACCCCGAUCCCUGGCAUGGACAAACCCCUCCCAGAGCAUCCUGCCCCAGCUUUAGCCUCAGACCCGCUGCCCGUGUGUACCCACUUGGGCUGGCUCGCUGUGGCCAAUGGUGCCGAGUCCCACCAUGCCAGGCAGCGGUGGGCGCUGCUGCCGGGGCGCAGGCAGUGGGCAGGGGCGCUGGGAAGGGAUUUGGUGGGUAAUCUGCCUUAAGCGCCCACCGCAACGGGCUGAGAGCAGCGGCAGAGUCGACACUGGUGGGCGUGUGGGCUGUGGGCGAUGCUCCAGUGCAGUGC